GCUCGCCUUCUCGCUUCCUUCCCCACCGCCGCCGUCGCUUUCUCCGUCUCCGUCUCUCAUUUCCGGUCGCCAGUCCCUCGUCGCCGUCUCUGCGCGCUCUUCUCUCGCGCCGCACGCCGCACGCAGCAGCAGUCAUGUCGCGCUCCACGCGCGCCAACCCGGCGCCGACGGCCAAGGCCGCGCCGCCGCCUGCCGUCUCGGACGAGGAUGCGCCCGUCAUGACGCGCCAGCUCAGCAGCACCAGCCGCGCCACGCAGGAGGCCAACCGCGCACAGGAGAACAUCUUUCUCUUCGUGCCCAACCUCAUCGGCUACGCGCGCAUCAUCCUCGCGGCGCUCUCGCUCAUCUACAUGAAGUCAAAUCCCAAGUACUGCACCUUUCUGUACGGCGUCUCGUGCCUGCUGGAUGCGGCCGACGGCGUCGCGGCACGGCGGUUGGGCCAGAGCACAAAGUUCGGCGCCGUACUGGACAUGGUCACUGAUCGGUGCACGACGUCCUGCCUGCUCUGCUUCCUCGUCACGGCCUACCCGCGCUGUGCACUCAUCUUCCAGGCGCUUAUCACGCUCGACUUCUCGAGCCACUACAUCCACAUGUACAGCUCGCUCAUCACGGGCUCGACGUCGCACAAGGUGGUCAAGUCGGACGUCUCGCGCCUGCUGCAGCACUACUACUCGCAGCGCUGGCUCUUCUUCUACUGUGCCGGCAACGAGCUCUUCUUCGUCUGUCUCUACCUCAUGGACUUCUACCCCACGCCGCUGGGCCUGCAGCCCGAGUGGCUCAUUGCCGCGCUGCCCGUGCACACUGCAAACGCCCUCACCACGGCGGCCGUGCAAGAUCCCAAGGGCUGGGCCGCACUGCUCUUUGCCGUCAUCCGCAACGCCACGUGGCCGCAGAUCGCCGGCGCCCUGACGUUCCCGAUAUGCGCGGCGAAGCAGCUCUUCAACGCCCUCCAGUUCUGGAAGGCUGCAAAGGUGCUCGUGGGCAUCGACCUCAUCGAGCGGGCACAGGCGCGGUUGGAGAAGAAGGCAUAGGCGGUGCGUGCGCGCGCGGUGGCGGCGGUGCUCCGGCAAGGAAGGGACGAUGCUCUCUAGGAGGCGGAACGAAGGAAAGGAGAAAAGCGCAAGGGCCGUGCCAGCGCUGGAGGCUGGAAUCUCUGCGCAACCGCGUCGACUGCCGAGCCGACGGCCGUGGUCCGCUGCCAUGCCACGAGCUGGCUGCGCCGAGCUGGUCCGCCCCUCACUCCACACUCCUUUGGCUCGCCCUGCUCCCUCUCUCGCCUCACACUCUCAUUCCCUCACUCCUCUCAUACAAUGUACUUCUCUCGCUGCCUCGCAAUCCUGAUUUACCUGCAUCCAAGGC